GAGCCGCGCCCCCUCACGCCGACAGUCUUCAGUAAGAGAAGGGUCCCCGCCCGUCUGUUAGCUGUGCGAUCCCGUGCUGAGGGAAGGACUGCAGAGGACGGCUGGAUUCCCAACCAGAUCCGACAGAAACCCGGGAGUGGCGCGCGCCAUCUCAACGGGAUGAGCAGAUGGAGGUCGGAGGAGACACUGCUGUCCCAGCCCCCGGGGACGCGGAGGACUUGGAGGGCGCGCGGCUCCCCAGUGUGGAGGCUGGAGACGGUGGAGGGAUGCACGAGAACCCGCUGGAUCCCGGAGACACGGGCCUGGAGGGAACAGGACCGGAGACGAAGGACCAGCCACCUGACCUGCUGACACCACUGCCCCAGUCAGAGACCCCAUCAGAGGUUCCAUCAUGCACGUGUGGGCUCUGGGGUCCUGCAGCCUCUGAAACUAGUCCCAUGGGUGGCCCUGAGAGUGGCUCUGGGGGCCAGGGCGGGGACCCCAGUGACGAGGACUGGCGCAGCAAGCGGAAGCAUGUGUUUGUGCUGAGUGAGGCAGGCAAGCCUAUCUACUCAAGGUACGGUAGUGUGGAGGCACUGUCGGCUACCAUGGGUGUGAUGACAGCCCUCGUGUCCUUCGUGCAGAGUGCGGGAGAUGCCAUCCGCGCCAUCUACGCUGAGGACCACAAGCUGGUGUUCCUGCAGCAGGGCCCACUGCUGCUGGUGGCCGUGUCAAGGACUCCGCAGUCCGCAGCCCAGCUACGCGGGGAGCUGCUGGCUGUGCACGCACAGAUCGUAAGCACGUUGACUCGCGCAAGCGUGGCCCGCAUCUUCGCACGCAAACAGAACUACGACCUGCGCCGCCUGCUGGCUGGCUCAGAGCGCACCCUAGACCGGCUUCUGGAUAGUGUAGAGCGAGACCCAGGUGCGCUGCUCCUGGGUGCAGUGCGCUGCGUGCCCCUUGCUCGCCCACUGCGGGACGCACUGGGUUCACUGCUGCGACGUUGCACAGCACCUGGCCUGGCCCUGUCAGUGCUGGCGGUGGGUGGUCGACUGGUGACAGCAGCCCAGGAGCGGACCGUGCUGGCUGAGUGCCGGCUGGACCCAGCCGACCUGCAGUUGCUGCUUGACUGGGUAGGCGCACCGGCCUUUGCGGCAGGGGAGGCCUGGGCACCUGUGUGCCUGCCCCGCUUCAACCCCGACGGUUUCUUCUACGCCUACGUGGCCCGCCUGGAUGCCAUACCUGUCUGCCUGCUGCUGCUUGGCACCAAUCCCGAGGCCUUCCAUGACAUGGCCACUUGCCGGCGCCUGGUAGAAGAGGGCAUGCACAGCCUUGGUGCCAUACGUGCCCUUGAGGAGUUGGCCAGUUUCUCUCAUGCCCCAUCCACCAAUGCACCCGCCUACAGUGUGCAGGCUGUGGGGGCACCUGGCCUCCGGCACUUUCUCUAUAAGCCACUGGACAUCCCUGACCAUCACCGCCAGCUGCCUCAGUUUACCAGCCCGGAGCUGGAGGACCCCUACGGCAGAGAGGGGGAGCGGCAGCGCCUGUCCGACCUGUAUCACCGCCUGCACUCACGCCUCCACAGCGCCUCCCGGCCCCUGCGCCUCAUUUACCAUGUGGCUGAGAAGGAGACUCUGCUGGCCUGGGUGACCUCAAAAUUUGAGCUCUAUACCUGCCUUAGCCCCCUGGUGACCAAGGCAGGGGCCAUCUUGGUAGUGACCAAACUCCUGCGCUGGGUGAAGAAAGAGGAGGAUCGGCUCUUCAUCCGUUACCCACCCAAGUACUCCACACCCCCCGCAGCUCCAGCUGCCUCUACAGACCAAGCUUCCCAUAAUGGCUUGUUCACCGGCCCUUGAGUGGGGAACUCAAGAUGGCAGACCUGGGAAUGACACCUGUGGUCCCCACCCUGGAAAAGGGCAGGAGGAUGGGGGUUGGAGGUGGUGUCUGUGACUGGUCCCUGUCUCCUUGGGCAGUGGGCAAGAUCAGAGGGCCUGCCCCCCAAUGAGAAAUGGGUGGCAGGGUGACUGUACCCCCUGCUUCCUCAGCUGCCUCUGCCACCUUCACAUCUGGGGAAGUACUUGGGCCUCGUCUUCCCCUUCCUCUGAUGCUGCAGCCUUUGCCUGGCGCUGUCUCCUGCCAUCCCGGGCACCACACCCUCUGUCCUGCAUCAGGAGUCUGCCCCCUCUGUGGGGUCUUAGCCCUGCAUGUCCAGGGCUGGCCAAGGUCUCUUUGUGUGGCCCAGGUCUGGAACUGGGAAUGGAAGACAGCCUGUGGCUUGGACCUGGCCUGAGGAUAUUUUAAAGAAAAAACUGUAAGAAACCUAAAACCAAACCCCACUAGGAUGCUCCCUUGUCGUUAGUGUACUUCAUCUCUUCCCUGUCAGAAAAGCCCCCAUCAGUGCUGGCCACUGUCAGUGAGGUGGUGGCCUCCAGGGCCUCACCUGUCUGUGUGACCCCGAGCAAAGCACUCGACGGCACAUGGUGGCUGAGGACGAGUUUUUAAGUCGGGGUGCCCUUGGCUUUUAAGUCUCAUUCUUCUCAUCUAUGAAAUAGAUGACUAAGCUCUCACAGGCUGUUAAGUGAGGAUCUGUGAACAGAAAGACUCGAAUGCGUGCGUAUCACACACAGCACCUGCACACUUGUCCCACAGUGACAGCACAAGCAACCUGGACAGCACGCAAGCCCCGGCCCACCGGGACCCUGGUUCUGGCCUUGGGUCGUACCAUCCUGGGUCAUGGCCUCGUGGUGUGCGCAUGCGCCCUGCGCCCUAGCUGUCAGGCAGGGCCCGGGGCGCUCCACUUGCUGGGAGGAAACCCUCUGCUCCUCAUGCUGGUCAACCGCUGCGGGGACGCGCGCUGCACGCAUGCUCGCUGCACAGCCUCUGCCCUGGCGUUUUAAACCAAUUGUCUAAGGCGCAUGUGCACAAAGAGGCACGUUGGAAAAUGGCGGGGAAACCGGAACCGCCAGAAAUUGCGGAGGAGGCUGAAUGUAGUGAGGGCAGGUGGGGGGGGAGCCUUCGUCCCUUUACAGUAACGAAAUAUUGAUAGCAGUAGUAAGAAAAGGUAAAAGUUUAAGCCUUUUAUUAAGACUUAAAGUGGGGAAAGAUGCAUAUGCUCAUCAUGUAGAUUGAUUUGCCAACUUUAUUGGAUAUAGUAGAUAUUUUAGAGAAAAGAGGCAAAAUGCAUCAGUAUACAUCGCUUCAAACAAAAAGGAGGUGGAUAUUCCCACAGAAAUCGCUCGGCUGCUGCCACAUCCAAAAAUCCGCAGGGACUGCCCACUGUCAUCGCUGCGCCCCCAGCCCGUACCGCAUCGCUCACGGACCCGGCAGUCUUCCUGGAGAAUGGCCUCUCCCGCAGACAGCUGCUUUUCCCCGGGGCAUUUUGUUGGUGAUGACACCCUACAUCCUAGUGAUAGGGAGAAAAAUGUCCUAGAGACGUUUGGAAAUUACAGUCAAACUAAAAGAUCUCCCAAGACAAUGAUCCCCCACUAUGCCGUACACAUUCUCAAAAUGUACAGAAAAUAGCAUGAGGAAGGCCCAUCACUUUCAACAGUUGUCUACUUUCCAUCCUCCUUCCAUCUGUCGCACACUCUUCAAACCGCUAUAUUAAUAAACACGUUCAAUUGCAUCUUUCCAGACCUAUCUAGGCAGACAUCACCAAUAAUUACGAUCAUUUGCUUAUUUGUUUUCUGUCCUAGGAUGAGAGCACCAUGAGAACAGACUAUUUAUUGCUGUUUCCCCAGCACCUAAAACAAUGCCUGCUUGGCAUAGAGUAGGUGCUCAGUAAAUUAUCAUCUGAAAAAUGGACUAACUUUAAGAUGGAGAAUGCUCAUAGAUUAAGGCCACACGUGCAAUAUCAACUUUCAACAAAGGACACACAGAAAUAAGACAGAUAUAAACAUCUCAUUAAGCACUUAACUAGCCACUACUAUGCUGAAAAACUGUUUUAGUAUCAAGCUUUCAAGUUAGUCAAAAUUAAAGUUAUAAUUAACUUUAACAGCAAUGGAGAAAAUUGAAAAGCCUAUUAAGUUACCAUUAUCUCUAGUUCAUCAAAAUUGGCUUUAUAAUAAGAGGGGUAUAGUCUAGUAUUGAUUACUCUGGAGAAAUGGGCCGUCUCUUGCCUCACUGGGAGAACUGACCAGUAAAGGCUUUGCUAGGAAACCUUUGGCAGAAUAUUUUUAGCAUCUAAAAUGCUAUUCCAUAACUUCAGUCACCAUGCUUGGUAGUCAUAGGAGAAAACACAGAUGUCUGGUCCUGGAAUGGUCACCAGAGUAUCAUUGAUGGAAGCAAAAGGCAAGGGGUAAUCAGGGAAAUGUCUAAUUGUAGGUGUAAUGGGUAUUUGCAUGCAUAGUGUGGAAUGCUGUGUGGUGGACUUUUUUUUAAGUGGCAGAAAAAAUUAAAUUCCAAUUUAAUUUGAAAUAAUUAAAAAUUAAUUUUUAAAAGGAUAAGUCCAUGAUUUAUUGAUACAGAAUAACCUCCAAAAGAGAUUAUAUUUUUAUGAGAGAAAAGCAAGGUAAAACUUAAAAAAGAAGGGGGCUGUGUAAGUGCAGGCCUGUGUGUGUUGCACAGAAAAAUGUCUGAAGGCUGAAGGCCUAACGAGUCUCAAUAAGGGACUUAGAUUUUGGGGGUGUGCAAAGGUAGAGCACUUUUGAUACUGUUUUUUUUAUUUUAGGAAAAUGCAAGUAGUACUGUAUAUUUAAAUAUAUAUAAGAGAAAGGAAAAACUCUGAAUGGCAUUUGAGGAUCAUGUAUUAAUAUUGAUCAGUAGUGAUAUCCUGGUUUUAAUGGUUAUACUGUGGUUACCUGGUAGAGUCCCCUGUGUAAAGGACAUACCCACUGGAGUAUUAAAAAAUAAUAGGCCAUGAAGCCUGCAAUUUAUGGCACAGAAAUGCUCGCAAAUGGCAAAUCUGAUACAAGGGCAAGUAGGAGCACUGUGGCCUAUUUCUACAACUUCUACAUACAUCUGAAAUGAUUGCAAAAUAAUUUAAAAGGUGCAUACUCUACAGGCUGUUUUGUAACAUGGAUUUUUAAAAGUUUUUAUCAAGAUGUUAGUUGGAUUAUUUAAAAGAGUUACUGAUCUCCCGAGAUCUUACCCCAUGAGAAGGUCUAGAAAUGCAGUAGAGGAAAACCACAUAAGGAGCUUUUGCAAAACAGUUGCAAAAGCCGGCUAUAAAAGACAUGUGGGGACAAUCAAGGGAAAGCAUGUAUUUCUGGUUUUUGGUUGAUAUUAUGUGAUGACUGUUAAUCUUGUCUGUUGUGAAUAUAGCAUUAGAGUCAUUUAAGAAAAUGUCCUCAGAUAGUUGAGACUAUUAAGAAAGUAACUGGGAAUGAAAUGUCAUGAAGCCUGGGGCUGCUUAGAAAUACUUCAGCACAGAAGCAGGUAUGGAUGAAUAUUACUGUCAGAUUUUGGCAGUGAGUAAGUCAGAGUUCAUCAUGUAUCCUCUCUACACUCCUGUGUGUUUAGAAAUUUUCAUAAUGAAAUAUUAAAAAGAAAAAAUAAUCACAAAUACCUUCCUUUGUUAUUAAAGUGCUCUGAUUUUCUUUGUUUCAUUACCAAAUGUUGACAGUAUUUAAAAAUUAAAGAGUCUCAACAGGAGACUUACCAACCUAUUAUUAUUGAUUAUAUCAAAGAAAGGAAGUAAGAUUUAGGGCCAAAGAGAGAAAAGGAAGUUUCAUUUUUAACUUCACAUACUUCUGUAGUGUUUGAAUGUUUUUAGAAUGUUUGGGUAAGAAAGUGAAAAAAAUACAUAAAGUACAUUUGCUAAAAGAUCUGAGUGUCUUCACCAAACUGUUGGCAAUCGUUAUUUCUAGAAAGGGGAGUGACAUAGGGAAGGGGCUCUUGAAAUAAAGGAGAUGCUUUGUGUUUGUGUCCGGCCUCCUCCGCCCGGCCGAGUCUGAGCCCCAGGAGUCGGUGGGGUGGGCGCGGGGCCCUUGCUCCCUGGGGAGGGGUGAGGAUUCAGGCUCUCUGGGCGGGGCCUCGGCCGGACUCCGCCCACCGGCCCUGGCUGGUUGCUCACCCAGAGGCUCAGGUGCUCUUGAGAAGCCCAGUGCACAAAUGGGUGGGUGUCAAGGCCACCCAGUCUCCACGGCCUCAUCUUGGAUUCCUGAAUCAUCUGUUUUAUCAACAACGGCUAGAGUGAACGUGUUAAAAAUCCAUGUCAGGUUCGUGUCUGCCUCCUGCUGUUCAGCGUCCCUGCAUUCCCCAUGGGUUCUUGCCGACCUCGGACAUGGACCUGCCUGCCUACCCUGACCCCUCCCCAUUCCCCCAGGUUCGGUUCUAGCCACGGAGCAGCUUUUGUACCCUUCUUCAAGCACUUUGUCAUGCCCGGGUGUCCUCAUGUGGGGUGCCCUUUCCUAAGUCUGUCUGCUCUAAGGAGGCUGGCCGAGGGGCCCAGUUCCAAACCUUACACCAGACUGCUGCCAUUUUCUAAGCAUGUAUUCAUAAAUAUAUUUGCUGGUUGACUUCUGUGUGUCAGGCACUAGGAUAGGCCCUGUAUUUUAAAUGGCCUGGUCAGGGAAGGGCCCAGGAGGAACCAUGUCUGAGCAGGGAGGUGAGGGGGCAGGUGAGGGAGUGAGCCAUGUGGGCAUCUGGGGAAGGGCACCCAGCUGAGGUAAUGGCUCAUGCAAAGGCUGAGGUGGGCCUGAGCGUAGUUGUGUUUGAAGAGCAUCUGGAGGGGUCCAGUGUUGUGGAACAGAGGGAGGGGAGAUAACAUUGGAGAAUUGCUGGGUGCCCAGUCAAUUUGGCCUCGUCUGUCUAGUCUGUGUAGUGUUCUGAGGAAGGACCUGGCACGCAGCAAACCUCAGAACAUGUUAGCUGCCACUUGUGAUGAGGAUUCAUUAAUGUUCCCAAUCCAUCAGUGAGGGAAACAGGUAUGUGAAUCACUUAGAACUGGGGCUUGUAAUCUAUUAAGUGUUUAAGAAAAGGUUUUAUAUUUUGUUAUUACUAAUUAUUAUUCCCAGGCUACAAAUGAGGAACACCAAGGUGUGUGCAUAUCUUAAAGAGUUUUGUGCAAUUAAAUGCUCAAUAAAUGGGACCUAUUAUUUAUUA